AUGGCGCCCAGUUUGGAUGAUAGCGAAAGAGAUUCGAAAUGUGAUAUGAAAAUGCCGACUCCAGUGCGGAAACCAGAAACAGAUGAUGACUAUGCCGUCCUCGCAAUUCGAAACCUCGUCUUUGAUAUGACAAUGCAACACGGCGGGGGACACGGCGGCUCUGCAUUGGGGAUGGCAGCCAUUGGUGUAGCGUUGUGGAAAUACACCAUGCGAUACAAUCCUAACGAUCCGAGCUGGUUCGAUCGUGAUCGGUUUGUCUUGUCUAACGGGCAUGCCAGCAUGUUCUUAUAUGCAAUGAACUACCUUGUGGGGUACGAUUCUUGGACAAUGGAAGAACUUAAGGGAUACGGAUCCGCCAAGUUGAACGGAUCCUCCACCUUGUGUCAUGCCCAUCCCGAGAUCGAAUGUCCCGCGGUAGAAGUGACCACGGGCCCAUUGGGACAAGGUAUCGCCACUGCCGUAGGGCUUGCCAUCGCUUCCAAGAACAUGGCCGCCAAUUUUAACAAGCCCGAUAUAGAUAUUAUCCAGUCACAGAUCUACUGUAUGACAGGAGAUGGAUGUCUUAUGGAAGGAGUUGCCCUAGAAGCAAUAUCACUGGCAGGAAAUCUACAACUUGAUAAUCUGGUUCUCCUUUACGAUAAUAACCAGGUGACGUGCGAUGGGCCCUUGGAUUGGAUCAACACGGAGGAUACCAAUGCGAAAAUGCGUGCCUCCGGUUGGGAGGUGAUCGAUGUUUACGACGGAACUUAUGAUGUCAAAGCCAUUGCCGCCGCCUUGCAUCUGGCACGUGUCUAUCGUGGCAAACCUGUGUUUAUCAACAUUCGCACUGUCAUUGGGACAGACACUGCAUUCGCGGGGACUGCCAAAGCUCAUCAUGGAUCCUUCGAUCGAGAGAGUAUCUUUAACUCCAAAGUUCUCGCAGGAAUUGAUCCCAAAUUCACGCAUGUCGUCCCUCCAGACACCUUGGCCUUUUUUCGGGAACGCAAAGUGUACGGGAGCCGGCAACAGCAGGAAUGGAACGAUCGCUUGAACAGAUACACAUCGAAAUAUCCCCAGAAUGCCGAGCGUUUGAUGGCUCGCAUUGAAGGGUCAUUUGGGGAAUGGACCACCACAUUGGAUACUCUGGACAGCUCCAAGUUUCAAGGUUUGGCAACUAGAGAGUCAAACGGAGACAUUCUUGAACUAUUGUGGAAGGUGAAUCCCGCUCUAUGCGGUGGUGGCGCAGAUUUGGUAAACUCAAACAAGUUCAAGUAUUCCGCAAAUGAUGUUUUCCACCCAGCAACAAGUUUUACUGGCAGAUAUAUUCGGCAUGGCAUUAGAGAACACGCGAUGGCCGCCAUUGCCAAUGGUCUAGCUGCAUUUCACGCCGGCACCUUUCUCCCUGUGACUUCGACGUUCUCUAUGUUCUACCUCUACGCUGCCCCCGCGGUGCGCAUGGGUGCACUCAGUAACCUGCAAGUGAUCCAUAUUGCAACACACGACUCUUUCCAGGAAGGCCAAAACGGGCCGACCCAUCAACCAGUGGAAAUAGAUUCUCUGUACCGAGCGAUGCCAAAUCUGACAUAUAUUCGACCCUGUGAUGCGGAAGAACUUAUCGGGGCUUACCAAUAUGCCCUUGGCAAAAGAGACUCGCCGUCGUUCAUUUCGAUUGCUCGCGAUCCUGUCGGCCAUGUGCCAUCGACCAGCCGCACAAAUGCAGCAAAAGGGGCUUACGUGAUCUUCGAACGACUUGGAGCUAAUGUGACCCUCGUCAGUUGCGGUUCCCAACUUCACUAUGUGGUCACCGCUGCCGAAAUUCUCAAACAACGAGGUAUUACCUCUCGGAUAGUCUCGGCCCCUUCUUUGGACAUAUUUGGUAAGCAAUCAAGGGAAUACCAAGAGUCGGUCUUUCCUACAAGCCGCUCGCCUAUCGUGAGUGCCGAGGAAUAUGUCCCUCUGGCUUGGUCCCGAUACACCACCGCCAGUAUUGGGAUGAAGAGCUUCGGCUACUCUGCGUCGAAAGAGAGCAACUAUGACCGGUUUGGCCUUGAUGCGAUAUCUAUUGCCGACAAGGUGGCGCUAUAUUUGAAAGAAUUGGACGGCGGAGAUGCAAGACAAAAGGCGUGGGCUCUGUUGUAG